UUUUGAUGUAUAAGUAAUAAAGUAAAUAUUUUUUUUCAAAAUUUGUAGAUUUUUCUGCGAAAUUUGUACAGAAACAUAGCUGUCAUUUUGUGACAUUAUCAAAAACAAUUUUUGGCAUCCCCAACCAAUUCCGUUAAAAAAUUAUGUACUUGGAGAUUAAUUGAGAACUCACAUUCUAAAGUUGAUUUUCAAUUUUCAGAAAAAGGAGUGGGAGAUUAUCAGAUGGAGCCGGGUGCAGGAGAAGGCUCAUCGACGGACGAUUAUGAGUCGUUGAUCUCGACGACAGACGCGGAGCUGCUGAAGCGCGCAUGGCGGAACGAAAAGGCAGCGCCGGAGAUUCUGAAAUUUGAGGCUGCUUUAGUCCAGAGAUCCCGCCAACAGAUCCAAUUGAUGGAAGAAACAGUGGAAGAGUUCACAAGAAAUGGUGUUGAUCCACUCACGGUGUCCCUUUACCAGAUGGACUUGGACCGGACCCUUUUCCUAUUGAGAUCAUAUCUCCGGACUCGUCUUCAAAAGAUUGAAAAGUACGUUCUACACAUCCAAAAAACUGCUCAAUUGUGGAAUCACCUUUCUAAACAAGAACAAAAAUUUGCUGUAAGGUGUAUUGGAGACCUAACACAACAUCUGGAACAAUCCGUGCUCUCAAAAUUGCCUGAUCAGUACCAGUCCCAUAUGAAGCAAUCUGGAGCUAGUGAAGAUGAUGACAUGGUUCCAGAGCCGAAGCUGGACACCUACAUUAUCUGCAGAAGCAAGAAAUUUUUAGGAUCCUUUCAGCUCGAUGACAGUGAGGAAGAGCCUGUCAACAUUGAAGCCGAUGAUUUGUAUGCUUUACCUUACAAGUCGAUAAAGCCACUAGUGGAGAGUGGGCAAAUUGACCUUGUUUAAUUAAUUUUCAAGCUUAUGAAGGAACGGGAACGUGAAACUAAGAUGUAAUAGCAGGGUUUCCUCUAACCGGCAUCGGAUAGUUCUUCUAUUAAUCAACUACAUCUUUAGAAAAUGUUGUCAGAUGAACUACGUUGAGCAAUAGUUCAUGACUCGUCUCUUACAGGUAAA